GUGGGCUGGGCUGGGCUGGGCUGGGAUGGAUGAUUGAAUGGGUGCACGGCAGGACGGCGUCGCCUGCGAUACGGCUCAUCGCUGGCUCGACAACAUAAAACCCUCGCCGCCCCUGGGACUCGAUUCUGCUGAUAACGUCCUCCACACUUGCGUUUCCCAGCUCUUUACGUUGAUACCCAGCUGUCGCAUCUCGACGACCCUCUCCUCCUCUCUUCCUCCUCUCCGCUCUCCGUUUCUAUUUUGCAUUGUUGCGUCCGCGCACGAGACAUCACAACCAUGGCUUCUCGCGAGAUCCUCUCCUCCCGGACGGAAACCGUCAACAAGUACAUGCAGCUUGACCAGAAGGGCAAGAUCAUGGCCGAGUACGUCUGGGUCGAUGCUGUCGGCGAGACUCGCUCAAAAUCCAGGACCCUCCCCGAGAAGGAGUACAAGCCCGAGGAUCUUCCCGUUUGGAACUUUGACGGCUCCUCCACCGCCCAGGCCCCCGGCGAGAACUCGGACGUCUACCUGCGCCCCGCCGCCGUCUACCCAGACCCCUUCCGCGGCUCGCCCAACAUCAUCGUCCUCGCCGAGUGCUGGUCCGCCGACGGCGUCCCCAACAAGACCAACUUCCGCCAUGACUGCGUCAAGGUCAUGGAGGCCUACGCCGACCACGAGCCGUGGUUCGGCCUCGAGCAGGAGUACACUUUCCUCGACCACGAUGACCGGCCGUUCGGCUGGCCCGCGGGUGGCUUCCCUGCUCCUCAGGGCCCCUACUACUGCGGUGUCGGUAGCGGCAAGGUCGUCCUCCGUGACGUCGUAGAGUCGCACUACAAGGCCUGCCUGUACGCCGGUGUCAACAUCUCUGGCACCAACGCUGAGGUCAUGCCCGGCCAGUGGGAGUUCCAGGUCGGCCCCUGCCAGGGCAUCCAGAUGGGUGACCAGCUGUGGAUUUCCCGAUUUUUCCUGGCCCGCGUCGCCGAGGACUUUGGCGUCAAGGUCUCGUGGCACCCCAAGCCCAUCCGUGGCGACUGGAACGGCCAGGGCCUGCACUCCAACUUCUCCACCAAGGAGAUGCGCGCCGAGGGCGGCAUGAAGCACAUCGAGGAGGCCCUCAAGAAGCUCGAGCCCCACCACAUCGAGUGCAUCAAGGAGUACGGCGAGGACAACGACCAGCGCCUGACGGGCCGCCACGAGACGGGCUCCAUCGAGCAGUUCACCUACGGCGUCGCCAACCGCGGCGCCUCGAUCCGCAUUCCCCGCGAGACCGCUGCCAAGGGCUACGGUUACUUCGAGGACCGCCGCCCCGCCUCCAACGCCGACCCCUACCGCGUCACCAAGAUCCUGAUGACGUCCAUCUUUGGCCAGCUGUAGACUUUUUUGUGGUCCGCAUAAGAUGGGCGUGUAUGGGGACCAGGGUUGAAGCCGAGAGAGAAGAGAGUGUGACUUGACUGACUCGACCGUCUCGAGUGCGUCGUGUGCUCAGCGGAAUGAGACGACUUGGGCUUUUAUAUGGCGUUUGGCAUGGCGGCAUGGGAACAAACAAAUUUGACUUUUUUUAUUAUUAUCCAUAGACGACGCGUUCUAAUUCCAAAGACGUCGAUGAAUUGAAUACACAAGC